UAGCGUAUUCUCAAGCAACAUUGACAACAAAUAUGGCAGCGUCCUGUUACUAUAGUAACUGCUGAGCAACCAUUAUGUGCGCGGUUUCACAAGUCGAAACGUGAUUUUUUAGGGGUUUUGCUUGGAUGACAUCGUAAUGUUUUGUGCGUGACAACUGCAAAUCAAGAUGCCCAAGAAAGGGACAAAAAGAACAAUAAACAGAGACGCCGAGACCACCAAUGAGACGCACGUGUUUGGGAAAUCUAGCGAUGUCCUUCAAAAGAGAAGAUCCGCAAGGCUGGUAGGAAAAAGGCAGCAGCUUCCAUCAACACAUAACGACCACGAUGAGGACGGCGAACAACUUCAAGAACGGUCUGGGAAACGCCGCUACAGCGAAUCUGAUGUCUCGGACUCUGACGCAGAUUACAAACCAAGCGCGGCAGCUCAUAGCGAGUCGGAGGAAUCUUCCGACACCGAGGUUCCAGUGAAGAAACCCAAACAGAUAGACAACAUCGCUCAAAAUGAUAUUUGGGAUUCAGACAGUGAAAAGAAACCAUUCGAAAUUGACAGACUCGCAAUUAAUUUGUCUGACGACGAAUCUUCAAGCAGUGAUGAAGACUUCGAAUCUGUUGACGGUAGCGCUACUACUAAGCACGGAGCAUCGCGAGGUGCUCCAUGUGCGAAGAGUGAAUCGAGCUCACAAUCAGAAAUUUUGGUCCCAAAGGCGAGCUGUAAUGAUCGAAGUCACGAGUCAUCGAACGAUAUGACAGGUGCAGACGACAUGGCUACGAAUAACAUCUUCCGUGCUAACCUGGAAGCAAUUUCCAAGAUCCAAAAGGUGUACGAUAACAUGCAGUCGAAAAGCACUACGGAGGACAACAAGAAAGACUGUCUGCAAGAUGUCAUUGCUGACAUGCUUAGGGAAAAUGAACCCAACAAGGACUGUGGUGGGGUGAAGGAUGAAGGUAAGGCAUGUGAGAAGAAAAAAAAUAUGACUAGCAGUAAACAGAAAAAGUCUGCAGAAAGUUCCAAAGCUAUCCUCGCUAAAACAAACGCCUGUGUAGGGAAGAAAAAAAGCAAAAAGGAAAGUGAGCGCAAACAAAGUACAUCAGUAUCGGAAUCAUCAGGGGUGAGGAAAACGCAGGCUGCAAUGUCGUCUGGUGCGAAUGCUAAAAGGGCAAGCAAGUCAUCCUGCAGCACAUCGAUGAACCAAAGACCUGUCAGUGCUCGCAAAGACAGCAAAAGGACCAGAGCAAACGAGCAACAGCCACAUGAGAGUGAAACAAGCGAUGAUUUAUCAGAGUCGUCCGACUGGGAAGAGGUCACAGCAUCUGGGAGCACCACUGAGUUAGAUAGCUACAAUCCAACCAUCCCACGCGAGGGUGUGGAGAUCACUCUCCAAGCCCCCACGGUGAUCAGGAAGCGUAAGAGACACAAAUUUGAUCCCGAGGAACACGUCCGGCUACAGAUCAACAGGAGACGUAAAGCCAUCCAGCAAUACAAGCACAAGGUUCACCUUCUGUGUCUUCUUGCAUGGGGACUACGAAUAAACAACGUUCUCCUCGAAGAAGAGCUUCAUGCCACUGCCCUAUCGCUGGUACCGCAAGAGUUCCACAAUUACGCAAACAGAAAAACUACUUAUCUAGACGUUGAUCGUUUGUUAAAGCUAUUCCGUCGGGUGUUCUCUUACAAAGUGAGCUCAGAGUCGGACACAAAGGACAUUUCGGGUGCCUUAAUGGUCGCACUGAGCAGCAUGUUCACGACGUGCAUCAGAGAUUAUGCGUUGCUCUUUCUCUUAAUAAUCCGCUCGUUGAAAAUCGAGGGUCGCCUCUGCGUUUCUUUAUAUCCUGUUGCAUUGAAGACUGAAGAUCUGUUGAAACCUAAGCCAAAACCGAAAGAAUCCGAGGAUGAUUCUAACUCGCAAGACACACAGAUUGAUUAUAAGAAGCCCAAUGACUCAAAAAAAUCAAGCAAGAGGCUGGAUGAAAAAGAAAGAACAAAAAAGAAAUCGCAUUUGGGUGAGAGUUGUAGUGACGACGAUUUUAAACCGCACAAACAUAAGGUGAGCAAAAGCAAGUCGUCGAAGAUGGAGAGUCGAGGCAAAAAGAAAUCUGGAUGCUCGAAAGAGAAAGAAAGUGACAAUAAAGCUAAAAGUGGUAUCAAAAAGCAAACCAAGAAAGCAUCAAGUUCUGACUGUGACGAGUCAUCCGGAAGUAAGGCUAAGUCUGAAGAUGAGGCCGUAAUUGAGCACUGGGUGGAAGUCUUCUGCAACAGUGAUUCCCGCUGGGUACCAGUGGAUGUCGUGCAUGGCUCGAUCGGAACCAUAGUGGAGCCAACGAUUCGAGACCCAAUCCUCUAUGUCGUAGGGUUUGAUCACGACAACUGCGUCAAAGACCUCACCAGGAAAUAUGCCUCUGGAUGGCUCACGACGGUUCCGAAACAAAGGGUGAAUGAGAAGUGGUGGGCAGAGACACUGGAACCUUAUCGGCCACUCAACAGGGAGAAGGACCUCGAAGAAGACAGGCAGAUUCAGACCAAGCUUCAAAAGCUGCCACUGCCCUGCUCCAUAGCAGAGUUCAAAAACCACCCGCUCUACGCGCUGAAGAGACACCUGUUGAAGUUCCAAGCCAUUUACCCGAGCGAUGCCCCAACGCUUGGGUUUGUGAAGGGAGAACCCGUCUACGCGAGAGAGUGCGUACAGGCCUUACAUUCGCGAGAGACGUGGCUACGGGAAGCGAGGAUGGUGAGGGUUAAUGAGAAGCCAUACAAGAUUGUCAAAGCGAGACCGAAGUAUGACAAGUUCUCUGGUCAGAAAGUGACAGACCAGCCCUUGGAGUUGUUUGGAAUGUGGCAGACAGAGGAAUACAUGCCCCCAAUAGCAUUCGACGGAAAAGUUCCACGCAAUGCUUACGGAAAUGUCGAGAUGUUUAAGCCCAGCAUGCUUCCCAUCGGAACAGUGCAUUUGCAAGUUCCUGGCCUCUGCCGUGUAGCUUCAAAGUUGGGUAUUGACUGCGCACCGGCUGUCAUCGGAUUCGAAGGUCAUCAUCGUGGAUCACAUCCUGUGUUCGAUGGCUGGAUUGUAUGUGAGGAAUUUCGUGACACACUCAUGGAAGCGUGGGCGGAAGAACAAAGUAAUAUCGAGAAGAAACAGGCAGAGAAACGUGAGAAACGAAUCUAUGGCAAUUGGAGAAGACUCAUCAAAGGUGUUCUCAUCAGGGAGAGACUCAGAGCAAAGUAUCUGGACGAUGAUUAAACUAGUUUGUUGCGUUCCGAGAGUUCACCCGGAAUUUUCUUUCUUUUGUAAAAGCAUUUUACUUACCCUGUAAAUAAAUUUUUAGAGUAAAUUAAAAACAUGUUUUGUGUCUUCACUUUACAGCA